AUUGCUGAUGAAACCACGGACGUUAGUGGCAUUGAGCAAUUUUCAAUUUGUAUACGGUAUGUUGAUCGUUUUGAGAAUGAGGAAAAACUGAGAGAAGACUUUUUAUGUUUUGUUCCUGUUGAGGAUACAACUGGCAGCGGUCUUGCGAAUGUGCUAAUUGAUAAAUUAAAAGAACUUAAACUUAGUUUUGCACACAUAAGGGGUCAAGGUUAUGACGGAGCGCGGUCGAUGAGUGGACAUGUCAAAGGUUGUGCUAGUGUUAUCCAAAAUUUAUAUCCAGCGGCUCUUUAUGUGCACUGUGCUAAUCACAGCUUAAAUUUAGCCAUCGCAACGACUUGCAAAAUACCUGCUAUAAGAAAUUGUAUUGGUUCCAUGAAAGAGACCGUAAAUCUUUUUCGGAUGUCAACUAAAGCAGGCACACUGCUCAAAAAUCUUAUUCUUGAAUCCUUUCCAAACUCAAAGCAAGUGAGGUUACUUAAAUUCUGCGAAACACGUUGGGUGGAGCAUUUAGAAUCUCUUUCUUUAUUUAACGAUUUAUUCCCAUUGAUCUGUACUGCGUUGGAAGAGCUUGAUAUUGAAAAUUUAAGAAGUGAUUUAUCAAAGCCACAGGCUUUGUUGACUGCAAUCCAAUCACCUCAAUUUGUGAUUGCUAUGGCGAUACUAAAGCCAAUUUUUGCAUUAUCAAAACACAUAAGCCUAUGUUUGCAGCAAAUAUAUUGUGAUUUGAGCAGCUGCGUUGCUUAUGCAAAUAAUUUGUAUGCUGAAAUUAGUGAAAUGCGUAAGGAUUCUGAACAAUCGUUUAAACUAAUUUUUGAAUCAGUUAAAACAAUAGCCGCAGAAUUAGAUUUAAAAAUCAAAUUCCGUGUUUGGCGAAACGGCAAACUAAUCGCGACAAUUAUGAAGGCGAACCGGAAGAAUAUUACCGCAGAUCAAUUUACAUACCGUUUUUAG